AUGACCAAUUUGAAACAAUACAUCGAGAAUUACAAUAGUAAUCGAGACAAGAAUCAACUGGAGGGAUGGAAGCAGCGAGUUGAAACACUUUAUCACGAUUUCCAAUCGAAUCGACUUCAGAUUGAAAUAUCAUCAAGUGAGAAAGCGGAUGAUGAUUCAGAAGAUGAAACUUUCAUCAAGAGUGAAGAGGUGAAUCGCAGUAUCCGACAACAAUUCGAGAAUGAUUAUAUUUACGCAUAUAGUUUUCUCGCCACCGAAUUACGUAAAACGAACGUGAUGCCUGAUAGUGUAGACCAAUCAAUAGUUCCUGCUGUCUCGUGUCCGCCGUCUUCUCCGCUUUCGCGAAUUAAGUUACCAGAAAUUCGACUUCCCACAUUCGAAGGUUCGGUCUCAGAGUGGAUAACUUUUAGAGAUACCUUUAAGUCGCUCAUAGAUGGGAAUAGCCAAUUGUCCCAAAUAGAUAAGUUUUCGUAUCUGGUGGCAUCUUUGGCGAAGGAUGCUAGGAAGGUGAUUGAAUCGGUCGAGCUCACCGCCGCUAACUAUUCAGUAGCGUGGAGUUUAUUGGAAUCAAGAUAUGACAAUAAAAAGCUCAUAGUGAAAACGUAUAUUGAAUCGCCGUUUGCGAUAGAAUCCAUGAGAAAGGAAAAUUAUGAAUCCCUCAUGCGAUUAAUAGAUGACUUUGAACGCAAUCUUUGCAUGAUCGAUAAAAUAGGUGUUCCAACAGAUGGCUGGAGAGUUAUCCUGGCUCACAUGGUAUGUGAUCGUCUAGAUGCCGCCACGCUUAGACAGUGGGAAACUCAUAAUAAAUCAAAUGAAGUUCCCACUUACGGAGAAUUAAUCGCAUUUCUUAAAACCCAACUUGCGGUUCUACAAUCGUUGCCAACAUCGAAUUCUCGUUACCAGGAGUCUCACAAGAUUGAACACAAACGAUCACUAAAAUCAAGGCUCAAUAACGUUUACACCAUCACCAAUCCAACGGAUUACACCUGCCCGUUUUGCUCCAAAUCUCCACACUCGCCAUUCAAAUGUGAAGUUUUUCUAAAAUUAUCGAUAUCGCAACGCUUUGAGCAUGUUAAGAGCAAAAACCUCUGCAUCAAUUGUCUAUCGCCUUCUCAUUUAGUUCGAAAUUGUACGUCCAGUUCAUGCAGAGUCUGUAAUCAAAAACACCACACCAUGCUUCACCAACCCUCCAAUGAUCGCCCACCUACUCAGUCGAAACCACCAACACCUCUCGUUCAGAAUAUCGCACCGACGAAUCAGAAAGCACAACCUAAUUCUUCAAACCAAUCCUCACAACGUUCCGUAUCGUCUUCGCUAACCCAAACGCCAUCAGCCUCUGCCACCGUCUCUAGCCUCGCUUCCACUACAAUGGUUGGAACAAAUCGGAAAGUUCCAGCAACAGUGUUACUACAAACAGCGAUAGUGAAGGUUUACAAUUCUAACGGUCAAAUGCAGUGGGCCAGAGCAUUGCUAGAUCCUGCUUCACAGUUGAUUCUCAUUACCGAGAACCUCGUUCAAAAGCUUAAGUUGCGCCGCCAUCCCGAUCGUCAGGAGAUCGGUGGUGUAGGCAACUCAAUUAUCGUUUCGCAUCAUACUGUCGUUGUUCGAAUGGGAUCCCACUGCACAGAAUUUGUUAUGAAUGAACCAUGUCAUGUUUUACGAAAAAUUACCCGUGAUCUACCAGCUAGAAAUAUCGACAUCUCGCUUUGGAAUCUUCCUCCACAUAUUGUCCUAGCAGAUCCAAAUUUCGACAAACCUGGACCGAUAGACAUACUCAUAGGUAUGGAAAAAUACUACGACUUAUUACUUGAUGGAUGCUCCAGAAUAACUCCGGAAAAGGCGAUCCUUCAAAAUACGGUCCUCGGUUGGGUGGUAUCAGGGAAGGUUGGCAAUGACUCACAUCCAGCCCGAGCCCCUAUAGUGGCUCAUGUAUGCAGCAGCGAUGGGCUUGAUGCUCAGUUGUCCCGAUUCUGGGAAAUGGAAUCUUGCUGGUCUGAUAGCACGCAUUCCGUCGACGAAAAUUUGUGUGAAGAGCAUUUUGCAGCUACAACGUUUCGCAAUAACACUGGUCGAUUUGUGGUUACUCUUCCCAAACGACAUUCGGUACUAACUGAGUUGGGUAACUGUGAAGAGAUAGCAACUAGAAGGUUCAUUGCCUUGGAACGCCGACUUGAUACGCAGCCUGCGCUGAAAAAGGCGUACACAGCCUUCAUAGACGAAUACCUCAAGUUGAAUCACAUGAGAGAAAUUACAAACGUAGAAAAACCAAAAUCAUCUAAUCCUACCUAUUUCUUACCGCACCACGGUGUUGAAAAGACAGACAGUACUACCACCAAACUGAGGGUAGUUUUCGAUGCCUCUUGUCGGACAGAAACCGGAAUCUCGUUGAAUCAAGCUCUAAUGGUGGGUCCAGUCGUCCAAGACGAUCUGUUCUCCAUACUUCUCCGGUUUCGAGUACAUCGUUUCGCAAUCAUCGCAGACAUCGAAAAGAUGUAUCGCCAGAUACGACUUUUACGUGGAAUAGACGUGUUGAGCGGAAUAGACGACGAAGAACAAGGAAAAGCACUCUGCAAGGAUUUAAUAAAUGUGUUGCAGUCAGCCGGCUUCAGCUUACGUAAAUGGGCAUCAAACUCCGCCACCAUACUUUCCGAAAUUCCAUCGGAAUUGUACGACGAACGUUCGAUAUUCAACCUGGAUUCGAAUCCUCCACCCAUCAAAACUUUGGGUUUACAGUGGGAACCAUCCUCUGACAGAUUUCGCUACACUGUUCCUAAAUGGUCGCAACCAAAAUCCAUCUCGCGUCGUAUCGUUAUUUCGGAUGCAGCACGACUCUAUGAUCCCCUCGGUUUAAUUGGUCCUGUUGUAGUUCUCGCAAAAAUAUUUAUCCAAACACUUUGGCGAUCCUCCAAGAACUGGGACGAUCCUUUGGAUGAAGAUAAGCAGCGUUACUGGUUCGAAUUCCGCAACAAUUUGGAAGAUGUAUCUAGCAUUUCCGUACCCCGUUGGUUAAUCUGCAAUGACUCCCCAACGGUCAUCGAAAUUCACGGCUUCUGUGAUGCCUCCGAAAAGGCAUACGGAGCAUGUCUUUAUUUGAGAACCGAAUCAAUAAAUGGAAUUCGAUCAGUGUUGAUGACAGCCAAAUCUAAAGUAGCUCCUCUAGGAGAUUCAAAAAGGCAGAAACGAGUUUGCCUUCCAAGAUUGGAACUAUCGUCGGCUCUUUUAUUGAGUCACUUAUACCAUAAAAUCAAAUGCAGCGUACCACUGACUGCCAAUUCAUUUUUCUGGACUGACUCAAUGAUUACACUUCAUUGGUUUAAUGCCGUUCCCUCACGUUGGAAGACGUUCGUUGCAAAUCGGGUUUCAGAGGUGCAAAACCUAACAGUCGAUGGUAUCUGGUCGCACGUUCCCGGCAACGACAAUCCUGCAGAUGUUAUAUCCCGUGGAAUGCAUGCGGCACAACUGAAGGACACUGCAUCCUGGUGGCAUGGUCCUGCCUGGUUGAGCCAAUCAUCUCGAUUUUGGCCCCCUCUGAACCACAAAACGAACAUAGAUCUACCCGCAGAAAUUCUCGAACAAAAGCCAAUUGCUUUACACAUAAGCCAAUGUACUCCAAACGAAAUAUUUUAUCUUCGUUCCUCAUUCACGGCUCUAGUCCGUAUUAUAGCGUUUUUGAAUCGAUUCAUACAGAACUGUCGAACCAAGAUUCCCAUGAAUAGAAAAAUCGGAUUCUUACAAACGAAUGAAUUGGAUGAAGCCACCAAAAUACUCGUUCGUAUAGCACAAGCUGAAGUUUUCUCCAAGGAUAUUGCAGCAAUUCGGAAUUAUGGUCAAGUGAAAGAAAACUCCGAACUAAAAUCACUAUUUCCGAUCGUAAUUGACUCAAUCCUGCGGGUUGGUGGACGGCUCAGAAACGCAGCUAUCUCGGAAGAUCGCAAACACCCAAUGAUUCUUUCUGCUAGACACCCACUUACCGAAUGCAUUUUGUUGCAUUAUCACCUCAAAAACUUGCAUGCUGGUCCACAAUUGUUGGUAGCAUGCGUUCGAGAAAGGUACUGGCCACUACGAAUUCGCAAUCUCGCACGGAAAAUUGUACAUAACUGCAUAAAUUGUUACCGCUGUAAGCCACAUAAUCUCGACCAAUUAAUGGGAGACUUACCACCUGAAAGAGUGACACCAACGCUGCCUUUCCUCAACACAGGCGUAGAUCUGUGUGGUCCUUUCUGCUAUCGCAGAAUGCGUAAAACUGCCCCUGUCAAAUGCUAUGUUGCAUUAUACGUGUGUUUCGUCACCAAGGCCGUCCAUGUGGAGUUGGUGUACGACCUAUCAACCGCAGCCUUCAUAGCAGCGCUGCAUAGAUUCAUCGCCCGCAGAGGAAAGUCGAAUGUAAUACAAUGCGAUAACGCCAAAAAUUUUAAAGGCGCAGCCAGAGAACUGAAAGAACUGUCGAUACAGUUCUACUCGCAACAACAUCAAGCUGAUGUUUCGAAUGUUUGUUCCAACGAAGGAAUUGAAUUUAAAUUCAUACCUCCUCGCAGUCCAAACUUUGGGGGGUUGUGGGAAGCGGCGGUCAAGUCUCUCAAACGUCAUCUUCGAUCAACAAUAGGGAAUUCAAUCCUCUCCCAAGACGAGUUCGUCACUUUAUUAGCUCGUAUUGAAGCUUGCCUUAAUUCAAGACCGCUGACCCCGCUCACCACAGACCCCAAUGAUUUGGAAAUACUAACGCCUGGUCAUUUCCUCGUGCAUCGUCCAUUAACUUCGUUUCCCGAGCCUGACCUUUCAGAAGUUCCACCGAAUCGGCUCGAUCGCUGGCAGCACAAUCAGGAGUUGCUCCGUCGUAUCUGGAAGAGAUGGUCCACCGACUACCUGUCCGGCCUCCAUCCACGCACAAAAUGGACACAGAUCCGGAAUAAUGUCACCGAAGGUACAAUGGUGUUGCUGAAGGAGGAUAACCUGCCUCCUUUAAAGUGGAAGUACGGAAGGAUAACCCACAUUUUUCGCGGCGAUGACAACCAUAUACGCGUCGUUACCGUACGGACAGCAACUGGAGAGUAUCGACGCUCCAUCUCGAAGAUAUGCGUGCUUCCUGUUCGUCAACAACACACUGAACCUACGCUCGAAUGA